CUCAUCUGAGAUGCCAUGCCAGACUCAGGGAGAGCUGUUCCCUGCCCGAGGGCAGGAAGAGCAGCUCAGGCAGCAGGUGGAAGAGCCACAGGAGAAUGGCCAGAACAUCAAGGCAGAGCCACAAGCAGAGCUGCCCAAAGCUCAGAGUGACAUCAUGGCAGUGAAGAGAAAGAACAAGGAAGACAUGGGAAGAAUUCAAGAGGAGAAUCUCCAUCAGCAGAGGGGUGAUCAACAAAACCAGGUGAAUGAAAGAGUGGCAGCCACUCCACUCAUGAAAUGUCCUCUCUUUUGUUUGUUAGAGAACAUGAAGGAACAGCUGGAUGCAGAGCUUCAGACAGCUCACAGUAUGAUCAAGGCAAGGCAUGAGCGGCUGGAGGAAGAAAUGAAAAUCUUCAGAGAGAAACUUAAUCGCUUCCGUCAGUCUCUGCAAAACCAAGUGCAAGUGUUGACAUCUCACCGGGCAGCCUGCGAAGACUUCCAGCCAAUGUCUGACAAUGAAGGACCCCAAGUUAGGAGUGAGGCACAGGAGCAGUGCCCACCAGAAAUGCUCCAGGUCCAGCACAUCAUGGGCUCUGAACCUGCUGCCGCAGCAGCAUCACCUCGAGGAAGCCCUUCUGUGAAACCUGGGAACUCAGGCUCGGGCAGAUCCUGGGAACAGGAGACUGAGGAGGAGUACCUGGAGCUGCUGGGGAGAGUGGUGAACCCCACUGAAAAUCCCCUGGUGAAAUACACGUUCCUGAAAUAUCUUGGCAGCGGGUGAGUCCAACAGCAGUUACUCCUGCACAACCAUGAGCCAGGUGUUUUUCUGGUGGAAUGUCU